GAUCUCGGCAGCCGCAUUGUUGGCAUCAACAUUCGACAUGGCCGCUGUCUUCACCAAAUUUUCCGGCUCCUGCAAACAAAUUUUCGUUUGUUGCCACCCGUGGAAACACGCUUCUCACGCAAAAUACACAAGACUCGCAGAAGUGGGACGUUUGGAAACGCCAAAACUCGAAGGCAAAUACGACACCGGACAGCUUUUCCUGCACCGGAUAUUCGGCUACCGUGGAAUCACACUGUUCCCAUGGAUGGCCAGGGUUUAUGAUCGUGAUGUACCCAGCAAAAAGAACCCAGAGACCUCAGAGGAGACCAGUGAUGGUUUCAACCAUGUUGGUCGUGAGGUCAAGGGCAAGACCCACACCUACUACCAGGUGCUGAUCGACUCCAGAGACUGCCCAUAUGUGCGUACACAGACGGAGGCAGUGACAUUUCUAGGAAAUCAGGACAACAGUCGGUCCCUCUAUGCCAUCCCAGGGCUGGAUUACGUCGCCCACGAAGACAUCCUGCCUUACACGUCCACUGAGAAGCAGCCCUUGCAUCAUGAGCUCUUUGACAAAUUCCUUGUCUGUGAACCCGACAAGGACCCUCCCUUCUCAGCCAAGGACACGUUGCGUGCUUGGCAGGAGAAGAACCACCCGUGGCUAGAGCUGUCGGACGUGCACCGGGAGACCACCGAAGGCGUCCGCGUCACUGUCAUUCCCUUCUACAUGGGUUGCCGCGUCGCACAGAGCAGUACCGUCUACUGGUGGCGAUAUUGCAUCCGGCUGGAGAACCUGGGAGACCUAGCAGUGCAGCUACGGGAACGCCACUGGCGCAUCUUUAGCUUAUCGGGAACCCUGGAGACCGUCCGUGGUCGGGGCGUCGUUGGGCAGGAGCCAAUUCUGUCAAAGUCACAACCAGCAUUUCAGUACAGUAGUCACGUGAGCCUACAAGCACCCAGUGGACACAUGUGGGGCACGUUCCGGAUGGAACGCGAGGACGGCUUCACGUUCGACUGUCGGAUCCCUCCGUUCUCACUCGAGAGCAAGCAGGAGCAGAGCCCACAACCCGCAGCUGCCUAGUCACUUGCCAUUACUGGCUCUCUCGUGUCCCACUGACUAUGCCGGGGAUCGUCGCUGUUCCCCGCCACAGCUGCACACGAAGCAAACCUGCUCAUACGAUGCCAAGGAACGAUCAGGCCUCCAAAGCUGAUCUUGAAGACAGCUGGCAAAUCGAGGGUUUGAGGAGGGCUUUGUGUGUCGCUCUGAUGCACAAAGCAUUAAUGCGUCCCACUCAGUUCACUUCGUGCACGAACAAACCUGUGUCUAGAUUCAGCAACAUCCCAUGAAAAUUGUUGGCUGAGCUGUGCGUGUUGGACUUCUAGAAGACUGUGUGAUGUUUCGUACGCCAAUGGGGGACAGUCAGGAGUUGCUCCAGUCUAGAAGAAUUGUUUGUUGUAGAUGGACUGGCUUGACAGUUUCUGCUUCUGUGGCUGUUUUCUUUUGCCCGAAAAUUGGCAUACUGUUUUUUAGGAAUGAAAGCUUUUGUUUUCCUUCAGACAAGGAGGCUGUUAUUGCCUCGCUGCUUGUGCUUGCUGUAAAAAAAAAAAAGAAAGUGUGUGGAAGAGUAAAAGAAGAAAGCAUGUUA